CAGUUGUCAAUAAAAACAUCGUGAGUUGUGGAAUUAGUUUCUAUCAGUUAAAUUUAUAGAUUUUUCUUGCUUUUAGUUAAAUCAAUAUAAAAUUAUUUUUCACUCAAGUGUAUUAGAGAAAACGGUGCGUUUGAUCGGUGAGUUAUCAGUUGUAAAAGUCGCUGGGAGCAGAACUACAUUGUUCAUUUAACAUGGCGCUGUGUAACGACAUGUGCGGGCGAUAACGCUCGUUCUUUGUCGUGCUAGUUUUCUAUUUUGAGUGUAAAUCGUUUGUGUUGUUAAUGAUUUAUGAGUUGCGUGUGUUUGUUACCUCUUGCGUCUAUUACAUAACGGAUUUUGGGUCUUGUAUGUAAAGUUACGACACAGCUACUGCAAUGGUGAAAACCCGUCGCAGUAAUGGAGAAAACGGGGAGGUUGACGAUGGGAAUUAUGCUAUGAACGACGUGGGCAGCGUUUCUGAUGAGAAGGCAUCUAAUUGGACACCUCGUGAGUUGAGAAGUAGUCAGUAUAAAGUUACAAGAAAGAUACAACGCUGGCCUACUAAAUACAACCGCCGACUAAGGACCAUAAAGAUGCCUCGAAUUGUAUUCCCCGAAAGUGAUACAGAACCCGAAAAAUAUUCUAGAAGAUCCAGACAAGUACGAGUAUUCUUCGCUGAUGACAAUGACUCAACAAACAGAAGCGUAAAGAUUCGGCACAGUCGUGGUCCCAGGAAGAACUACAUGGAAGACAGUGAGGACAAACCUAUACAGGAGAAUGUUAGAAGGAGCUGUCGUAAGCGGAAACUACUCCAUCAUAACUUCAAUGAGAGUUGGAUCACGAAUGAGUUGAAAGUGAAGGGCUACCCCGACCUGUACGGGUUCCCCGGCUCUAGCUCGUCAGACGAAUCGUCUUCGGCUGAUGAGACCAGAGUAGGGAGUAAGAAACUGACCGGUCGCCACGCCCCCACGAACACCGACGAAGAUACUCAACUGUCCCGGCAAAGGAGAACAUCAGCAAGGUUCAAUAACAAAAAAACCAAUGAUGCAACAGAGACUGAUUCAGAGGAUGACAAUAACCAGACAGUCAUUGAAAAGAAACCAGCCGCAGAGAACAAAAAAGAAGAAGAAGUUAAGACAGAAACAGAAGUAGCCGCCAAAGAACACGAUAAAGAAGAGAAGACGGAGAAUAAGGAACCAGUGCAAGCACAGGAUAGUGAAAGUAAUCAAGCCCCAACUCGAGGUAGAAGAAGGCCGGUUCGUGCGAAACCAAAAAAGGAUGAUAGCCAACAAGAAACUGAGUCGUCGUCGUCGGAGUCGGGCAGCGAGUUGACGCUGAGCCGGCAGCCACGCCGCUCCAAACGCACGCGCAAGCCCAAGCCCGCCUUCGUGCAGAUCGCGCAGGACGAGACGCGCUCCAGAGCAAAAACGUUUACCAUUAGAAAGAAGCCAUAUUGUUUAAGAGAGAGAAAACCCAAAAUAUUACGUAGGAAGACAAUCAGAUCACAAUCGCCGUCCAGUUCCACUAGCAGUAGUACGUCAAGCUCUGAUACUGAAGAAGAUCUUAAUGUGUCUAUGAAAAAUAAGACCAAGGGGAGACAAAAGUCGAAAUCGAUGGAUGAUAAGAAAACGGACAGAGCACUGAGAGACAUACAACCAGUGGAAGUUGAUGGCAGCGUGAGGUUUACUUCGGUCGGCGGUCUAGAAGAGCACAUAAAAUGUCUUCGAGAAAUGGUUCUCUUUCCACUCAUGUACCCAGAGUUGUUCCAAAAGUUCAAGACUCGUCCAGCUAAAGGCGUUUUGUUCCACGGGCCGCCCGGUACGGGCAAGACCUUGUUAGCCAGAGCUUUAGCCAACGAGUGUACGCUAGUCGGCGGGAGGAAAGUUGCGUUUUUCAUGAGAAAAGGGGCGGAUUGUUUGAAGAAAUGGGUCGGGGAGAGCGAGAGGCAUCUUAAAUUACUGUUUCAACAGGCGAACAAAAUGAAACCAUCAAUAAUAUUUUUCGAUGAAAUCGAUGCGCUGGCGCCGGUGCGUAGCGUGCGACAAGAACAAGUUCAUACCAGCGUUGUCGGUACAUUACUGGCAGAGAUGGACGGUCUGUGUGACAGAGGCGAGGUAGUAAUAAUAGGCGCUACAAACCGCCUGGACGCGGUGGACCCUGCCCUGCGCCGCGCGGGCCGCUUCGACCGCGAGCUGCACUUCCCGCCGCCCGCCGCCGACGCGCGCCGACAGAUCCUCGACAUCUACACGCGGGACUGGCAGCCCAGACCGCCCGCACACACGCUGGACCAUCUGGCCGAACUCACGGCGGGCUAUGGAGGUUCCGAUCUGAAGGCAUUAUGUUCUGAAGCCGUAUUGAAGGCGCUGCGACGAGUGUACCCACAAGUAUACGAAAGUGAACAUGCACUGGUGAUAGAUGCUAAGAAUGUGGAAGUGACUCGUCGUGACCUGGAGUCCGCCAUGCGGUCGCUGGUGGCGGCGGGCGGUCGCGCAGCCCCCCCUCCCGCGCGGCGGCUGCCCCCCCACGCCGUCCCACUGCUGGGCGCGCAGCUGCAGGCCGCCGCCGCCAUGCUGCAGCAUGUGUUCCCGCUGCACCAGCAUCACGCCGACGAGGCGGAGCGGAGCUCCGACCCAUCCCUAUCGCAGAGCGUGCUACUGAUCACGGGCGAGUGCGCGGAGAGUCACGUGGCGCCGGCGCUGCUGGCGCAGCUGGAGCACUGCAGCGUGAAGGAGCUCAGCAUGGCCACGCUGCACUCCGCGCACACCUUCACGCAGGAACAGGCGCUCAUAUCGGUAUUCUCUGAGUGUCGCCGAGCGGACCGCGGUUGCGUGCUCUUCAUCCGUGACAUAGUGUUAGUGUGGAACACGCUCUCCACGCUACUGCGGCAACUGUGUCGCGCGAGAGCGGCGGGAGAGAACACCCUACUGCUAGCCACGUCUGAUGUCCAUCACGAUCUGUUACCGCCUGAGUUGCAGGAGAUGUUCCCGGUAUACAAGGAGUGCGUGUACCGCGUCCGCGAGCCGAGUGCGGCCGAGGUCAUCAACUUCCUGAAGCCUGUGCUUGCGGAGGCUCUGUUAGAACCGCCUCCCGUAGAGAAUAACGAACCGCCGCCUCCCUUACCGCUAGCCCCUCCACCGCCGCCGGUACGGGAGACCGCCGAAGAAGAGACUCGUCGCAAACGCAAGGAGGAUUACAAACUGCGCGAGUUACGCAUCUUCCUGCGAGACAUAUGCCGCAAGCUCGCCUCCAACAGACGCUUCUACAAGUUCACCAAGCCUGUCGAUUUAGAAGAGGUGACAGACUACCUCGAUAUAAUAAAACAACCAAUGGAUCUCGAGACGAUGAUGACUAAAGUCGACAUGCACAAAUACAACUGCGCCAAAGAGUUUCUCGAUGACAUCGACCUCAUAUGCGCAAACGCAUUGGAGUAUAACCCAGACAGAACGUCGUCAGACAAACAGAUACGUCACGAAGCGUGUUCGUUACGCGACCAUGCGCACGCGCUCAUCGACGUGGAGAUGGACAGCGACUUCGAGCUGGAGUGCCAGGAGAUAGCCAAGCGGAGGCAGGAGGAGGGCAUGGCGGAUAACGAUCUGCCUGACUUUAUAUAUACGGCCUCUAAUUUACAACACAUCGACUCGAUAGUGAGCGACAAGUCGCGGACUCCACAGAACGGCGACAAGAGUGACGCACACUCGGCCAAGCGCAAGCGCAGGCGGAUGAACGCAUGGUCCAAGGGACUCGUCGUUAAGCGUGCGAGGACUUCCAGGUCGUUCAAAGACACGAGUAUAACAAUAACAGACGAGGAGUCGAAAGAGAACAAGCCGAUCACGUCGACGCCGCUCCCUAACGGCGAGGUGUCCACCUCGUCGGGCUCGGACGACGACGCGCCGCUGCGGAGGCCGCAGGACGACUCCGCGUUCAACAUCACCGCGCAGACUGUCGUCAAUAACCAUGUCAUAGAAAGUCCAGCAAAGUCAACAGAAAAAUCACCAACAAAAUCAUCACCAAAGAAGAGGAAUUCAGGGCAAGACGUGACAACGGCAGACGCAGAGAAAGUACUGAUAAACAAGACUGAGUUAGAUAACGUUGUAUAUAAGAACGCGAAGUCGUUACGAAGCAUCGGACUGGAGCCGCUACUGAACCUGCACUCGCAGCUGAGCCACACGGUCCGCGCCUACUCCACUAAGUACGACCGCACGAAGCUGCCGCAGGAGCUACAGGCCAUCGUAUCGAGGUUCGUGAUACCAAUACAGAAUCAAGGUGUUCUCACAACGUUUUCCUCCACCGUCAGUGACUGGUGUCUAGGGAUGAUCAAAAAGUACCAAGUAUAGAAUUUUGAUACACAAUGAUAAUUUUUAAAACCCUAUUUUUGGUAGAGAAUAAAAAAAGUAGGUUAGACGGGUGACAAACAAAUUUUUCUAUCAGAGAUUACCUGAAAGUUAUAAAUUGUUGAGUACCCCGCUAGUAUAAAUAAUAAUAUAUUUAAUAAAAAGCCAUUAUAGAACGACCAAUGAAAUAAACCAUGUGCAUAACUGUCCGUUAAAAAUAAUUAUUGAGAAUAAAAUUCCUAAUAAUAUAAAAACAAUUUGGCUUUUUAGGUGUGAAGAGUAAACAAAAUUUAUGCACUGACAUUUCAUUUAAAUAAAAUUUAAAAAAUAAGCUGAAUUAACGUAUAUUGCUUACAUAGGAUAAGGUUGUACUAACAUAAAUGUAACAUUUAGAUACAUUUUUUUUCAUUCACGUUUGAUUUAUUUUUCUAUUUAAAUUAUUUUUUUGUUUUCUGUGACGUUACGAGACGACUGGCCGAAUAGAGGUCGGUUGCGGAGUGUUAAAAGUUUGCGUUGGAGUUAUUUAAUUAAUUGAUGUUUAAGAUGCACUGUAUGUGAAAAAAUGGGUUGGAAUUUUCAACCAAGUUAGGUAAAUCGUGAGCAUUGGUAAAUAAAUUGUAUUCGAAAUAAUAGUAUGUAUUUGAGGAGGAAACUAAAUAAAAUGUAUGUAUCAACAGUUGAACAUUAAAUAAUUAAAUAACACCCAAAGAUCAAAUUAUUAUUGAGUGAAGCUAAGAUUGUGAAUCGAGACAGAUUUGACUUGAAUAAUAUUCAAUGUGAAGAUCUGUUAUUUAUUUGUUAUUUAAACGUUAAAAUAGCAGUGAUAAUUCAGUCUCAUUUAAAUUAAUUCACAAGCAAUUGAGUUUUUUCACUAAUUAUUAGCUCUACAAGUUUGCCCCAACGUCACUGUCGCGCAUAGAUGUAAGAAUAAUUGGUAUAAAAUUGGUGCCAACAUUGGCAGUUGAUGUUUUGGUUUUAUCAAAAGUAUUUGGAACAACUCCGUCCACUCCACGAAACAGAAUAGUAGGAAAAGACAAUCGGGGUACGCGCGCUUGUCACGUCGAUGACAAUCGAUUUUAGCAUAUAUUUCGUAAUAAAAACAACGAGAGUUUGUUAUCAUUAAGUAAAAUUUGCGACAGUCGUUUCAGUAUUAUACAAGUCUAAAGGCACCUCUCUCCCCUUGUCAAUGUUUCAUGGUCGUUUUACCAAUGUUGGCACCAAUAUAUUGAACCAAGUUCAAAACAAUCACAAGCAGAAAUCAUAUAUAAAAAAUUAUGACUGCUAUUUUAAAUUCUCUGAAAUUGACUAUAACCUUCUUACUUAUAAAAAUGUUUACGAUAGAUAUAGAAAUAAUUACCUAACUGUGCGGUAGUCUAAGAGAGAUAAUUAAAAUUUAAUAGUAUUAAUACUUACUGCUCAGGUGUUAGAAAUGUACGAUUUGCGUUGUGAAUAUGGCUAUAUAAAACUGCAUGUUUGUUAGGAGUGAUGUAACUAGUAAAACACCUUGUCAAGCAAUAUUGGACUUUAAUGUUAUAAGACGUAAAAAUUAAAACUGUUUAAUAUUUUAAUACCAGACAUAUUUAAUACAAAGUACUGGUUUCUAAGAUUGGUAUUGAUCAACAUCAAUUUCAUUAAAUUUAUUGUUUAUGUUAUUCGAUACUAGAUGGCGGUGUUUCUAAAAUAGCAUUUAUGUUACCAAAACAUGACAAGUUUCUCCUUUAAUGAAAUAGAAUGUUAUUAUUUAACUACCAAUAAAGUCGGACAUAAUGUUACAUUAUUUUUGACAAGCAUCCAAUUUAGUAUAGCGAUAUGUAAUAUACACUGCCGUAAAACCUAUCAAAUUUAUUAGUAAGGAGGUAUAACGAUUGGUUUAUAAGUACUUAAAAUAAUUGCUAUAAAUUAUAUCCUUUCUUCAAUACUUGUAAAUAAUAUUAUAUAUCGAAUAAUUGAUACAAAGCCGUGUGAUAUUGAUGGAUUAAACGCAACAUAUAGCCGAUAUGUUACAACAAAAUAGUUACCUCAAAACUAGUUCAGAAGGUCUACCAUGAUGAUACUAAGUUGUAGUCUGCAUUAAAUCAAUUUCAGCCUAUUGGCAGCAAUCCCACUGCAAGACAGGCGAGCCCUAAGUUGCGCCAUAACACCCUGGCUGGCUAUACGAUGGAGUUAUAUUUAUCCAUUUAUUAGAAAAAAAAACUUAUCAAAGCUGCACAGUAUGUUUAAAAAAAAAUCCGCAGUAAAAAAAUCUCCCAGUUAUUUAUGAAGCCUGAAAUAAAUACAGUCCUUUUUUUGGCAAGAAUAUUCAAACGCCUUCACGGUUUACAUAUCUGAGCCUAAACCCUGCAAAAAUUUAACAAUAAAUGACAAAAAGUGCUCGCGCAAUUCUCAUCGUUCUUAUUUCAAAUGGAGCUGUAACACCUGUUUCUUCAUGGUAAGCCUUUUGGGACCCUAUAGUGAUGUACAAGCUUUUCACCUGUCAUAGAAAUAGUGAAAAUGUUUGUGUACCAGUAAAGGAGAGAUUUGCUUGACCUGUGAUAUUAAAAAAAAUUGUUUGAGUUUAGGGUUGUUUGAUACAUAAAUGUUUAUGGUGAAAUAAUGAAGUUUUGUACAUGUUUUUUUUUUAAUUCGGUUUAUUGUGAAUUAGUUUAUCGUUCGUUAAAUUAUUAGUAACACUCGCAAUACUUUGUUAUCACAGGUCAAACGAAUUUGAUAUAAUUACAAUAAAAAUUAUGAUGAAUAUAAAAUUGUAAAACGCGUCAACGAAUAACAAUGUGUGUUUAACAAAGCUUGCAUUUGCUCAAUGUGGAAUAUCUGAGAUAUCUGUAAGCAAGUUUCCACCGUUCGACUAGUGUAUAAUUUUGUAUUUAUAAAAUCAUAUUAAAUGAAACUGAAAAUAAAAGGGUAUGAUUUCAUGUGAUAUCAAA